AGUAAAUGCGAAAUCAGACUGGGAUCGUGUUAGGGAGAAGGAGGCAGGCUGCAAAGCCCAGCGCGCCUCCUGGGGAGCCAGGCACACCGACUGAUCUCGUUCGCCUCCCGAGCUGCUUGCUCGCCCGCUCGCCCGCUCGCUCUCGCUGUCUCCAUGCCAUGCCGGGGAAAUUUCCACCUAACAUAGCAUGAAGCAGUCCCACUCUCGGUGCCAGGCAGCCUGGCGCAGGAGGAGCUGAUGCCCAGGACGCAGCGGUGGGAUUCCAGCUGUAUGAUUAAUGAGAAACAUAAUGUAUUUUGGUGGCACAUGCCAGAGCCCUGCUCUCCCAGCCCUGGUGCGUCCACCUGCCCCACCUUUGCAGCCCUCGCUGGAUAUUAAACCAUUUCUUCCCUUUCCUCUGGACACUGCAGCAGCAGUCAAUCUGUUCCCCAACUUCAAUGCAAUGGACCCAAUUCAGAAAGCUGUAAUAAACCAUACAUUUGGGGUUCCUCUUCCUCAUCGAAGAAAGCAAAUCAUAUCAUGCAACAUUUGCCAGUUGAGAUUUAAUUCUGAUAGCCAGGCUGCGGCCCACUACAAAGGCACUAAACAUGCCAAGAAGCUCAAAGCACUGGAAGCCAUGAAAAAUAAACAGAAAUCUGUACCUGCCAAGGACUGCGCAAAGACUACCUUCACCUCCAUCACUACCAAUGCCAUCAAUGCCAGCUCUGACAAAACAGACGGUACCGCAGGGACACCAGCAAUAUCAACAACAACUGCCGUGGAAAUUCGGAAGAGCAGUGUUAUGACAACAGAGAUCACCUCAAAAGUGGAAAAGACCCCCAGCUCUGCCACCCCUGGCAACCACAGUUCAUGUCCUUCUGCAGAGACUGAGGAAGAGAAGGCCAAGCGGCUCCUCUAUUGUUCGCUGUGCAAGGUUGCUGUCAACUCGGCCUCCCAGCUGGAGGCUCACAAUAGCGGGAGUAAGCACAAAACCAUGCUGGAAGCCCGGAAUGGGAGUGGGACUAUUAAGGCGUUUCCUCGAGCAGGAGUGAAAGGCAAAGGGCCGAUCAACAAGGGAAACACAGGCCUGCAAAACAAGACAUUUCACUGUGAAAUCUGUGAUGUGCAUGUAAAUUCAGAGACACAACUUAAACAGCACAUCAGCAGUAGAAGGCACAAAGACAGAGCUGCUGGGAAACCCCCCAAACCUAAAUACAGUCCCUAUAAUAAACUUCAAAAGGGAGCACAUUCACUCGGGGUAAAAUUAGUAUUUUCUAAGGAACCUUCCAAGCCAUUGGCUCCACGGAUCCUCCCGAACCCAUUGGCAGCUGCAGCAGCUGCAGCUGCUGUGGCAGUGAAUUCACCCUUCAGUCUUCGAACAGCUCCGGCAGCCACCCUCUUCCAGCCAUCUGCACUUCCUCCAGCACUCCUCCGGCCUGCUCCGGGGCCCAUACGGACCACCCAUACUCCUGUGCUGUUUGCUCCUUACUGAACUCCAAAUAGGAGUAAUUGUACUGCAAUAAUUUUUUUUUCAAAAAACAAAGAAAACAAACAAAAAAAAACAAACUAUGCAGUGUUUAUUUAUAGUUUAAAGUCUAUCUGAAGAGCCAGGACUUUUGAUAGUGAAUUGAAAAGAGUCUAAAAGGGGAUGGGAGGGAGGGGAAGGGGGCAGCAUUUUCUCCACAUAAGAGCAUUCCUCUUGAAUAUUGACUGUUUUAGAAGUGAUCUCCAGCAUUGACUCAUAGUGAUAUCUAGAACUUACAAAACCUUUGUGACCAUGCUUUUGGGCACCUACUUCCCCUGCAUUGUCUUUCCUGCUUUAUGAAACAACUAUACAUUUGUCUAAGGGCAUUAACUGGUUCCAAUGUAUAUUCAGUACUUUAUUCUGUAGAUUAACAAGAAGAAGAAGAAUGAGAAGCAGCAGCAACACUGUGAAUAGUAGACCCCUUACUGAUCCUCCUGCCAUGUCAGCAGUUACUGGGUAUUUAUCAGAACAAAAUUAGAUGCAGUAGUUGUCUUGUAAAACAGUAGCCAUGUUGCAAUUUAACAUCUUUAGGGUUAUCAUUGAAUCACAAAAGGUAGGAUAACCAGCCAGAUCCUGUAAGUAGCCAAAACAAUGGACACCAAUGAUACUGUUGGGGAGGUCUUCUGAGUCGAAUCAAUAAUCUUUUUUUCUCCUACUCAACUCUGAGACAAAUGAAUGCAGUGUUCAGAGAUGUUAUAUAGUGGAGUCAUGCUUUGCGAUAACCCUUCCCCCUAAAAAAAAAUCAGAAAAAAGAAAAGUGAUUUGUUGCAAUGUUCUGAGUACCCAGAAACAACAAAUAUCCAUGUUUGAAGAUAUGGAUGGGUAAGCACUGGGGGAAAUUACGUGCCAUGGGUAUAGAGAAAUUAAAUAAUGCAGGUAGCCGACCUGCUCAGUUUCUGUGAGCUAGGGAUGGCCAUAACCUUGAGCUAUAGUGUCAAGAUAAGUGCUGAGUAGGAAAUCCAUGGUCAUCCCUACCUCAUAAAAAAAGGGAACAUAUUAUACCUCUGCAACACACCCCCUUUAUGUCAUGCCAGUGGUACUGUCUGGAGGUAGAAUGCUUUCAUUUGGAGUACAAUGGUACUUAUAAGCUUAAUUGUUUAUUUUUUAGAUCUCCUACUGACAUGAUAUAAAUGUUUACUAUAUAUGUAAAGGUUAGUAGCAACAAGGGAAAAAAAUGCAGAUGAGUUAACUGCGCACCGUGGAUAUGGAGUAGAGAAAAAUACCUGGAAGGUCUUAUUGUACCUUCAUUUCUAUCAUGGACUUCUGCACAUUGGAAGCUUUAUGUGAUCAAUGUAAGGCUUUGAAAGGUUGAGAGUGUCCCUUUAAAAUAAGAUUUAUCAGGGGUAUAUAUAACUAUAUAUAUAUUAUAUAUAUUGUAUAUAUGUUAGAAAGAGUAAGAAAAUAACUUAUAAACAGAAAAAUCUACUAUAUGAAAUAAAUAUAUAACCAUCCAACUUCACACUUUAUCAUCAAAGUGGUAAAUAGUAAACGGCAUCAGAUAUAGCUAUGCCUUUGAUUUGUGAUCAACAUGAUUGGCUUUUGCCCUCAGAGAGCUAAAAGGCAUCUUAUCCACCUGGCAAAGGAGGAUGCAGCUGCAUCACUCCGUAGCUGAGAGACAUGCUGCUCUUACACUUAGAACAAGAAUAAAAACCACAACUUAGGUUUAGGGAAAAAAAAUAUUUUUGAAAAGUUUUUGUAAAGGCUAUUUAAUGAGGAAGGGACAGGAAGGCGCAUAUAUUACCUUCUUGAAAUUACUUUUAGUAACAAAUAAAAAUAAAAUAAAGGAAAUUAGCAGCAAUUUGAGAGAUGUUAAGAAUUCACGAUAAAAUAAUACUUUUGAACUGUGGAUGUUUCAUGUUUUACUGUUGCCAUAUUUAAAAACACGCACUACAAGUUCAGUGCUCUGAGUUGAGCAUGUUUUUGAGCUUUCUUAUCCACAAUCUAGCCAUAGUCCGUGGUGCUCAUCUCUUUUAAAAUUGUGUGCUUAAAUAUAUACAUAUAUAUGUGUGUGUGUAUAUACAUAUACAUAUAUAUAUGUAUGUAUGUAUGUAUGUUUGUAUAUAUACAUAUAUAUUUUUAAGCAAAAGGAGAAAAAUGUGUUUUGUGUAUUUUGUGGGGCAAGGAAAUCAGAAGAUUCACAUGGGUAUUUAUUUAAAUUAUCUCCUCAAAUUGCUAUUUUGACCAUUGUUUCUUUUAAACUUCCCAAUAUCUGUAUCCUUUGGUCUCAGUGGUUUGCCCCACUUUUACCUACAAUCAAAUUUGUGGUCUGUCUGUUUAGCCAAUUGAGGGGAAGCUCAGAGUGUUUUGGGAGCCCUCUGCAUGGGUAAUACCAUUUGACCUUACAGAGGAAGAUGAUCCAUUGGCAGCCCAUAGAAUGACCAGAUGUGGCUGAACAGGUUCUUUGGAGUCCUGACUUUGGUUCAAUGUUUCCAUUAUGCAACAUACUUUGGUUUUCACAGCAGUCAACCAAUGUCAUAAUCUGAAAAAAAAAUACAAGGAGGAAAUAAAACAAAACUAAACACCUUCUAUGAAUUGAAGAUGGAAUAUCAAUAGCUGGUAUAUAACAACAUGCCAAGUAUUUUUCCACAAUUCUUCAGUUUCACAGGAGUUGACACUUCUGUAUCCUUAGGAAGCAAGGCUGGGGUUAUGUGGGUUAUUCUAGAGACAUAAGGGAGGGUUAAUUUAAAGAAGGCUGAAAGCAAACAGUAUCACGUGCAAACCCGUGCAAAUUCUAUGCGGUGUCUGAAUCUCUUUUGCCACCAUGCUCUGUGGAACAGUUUUGGUUCAAAUGGCCGCCCUUAAAUUUGACCUGUAAGCAUCGAUUGUCUCUUACUACCUAAUAAAGGAUGAAGCCUAAUCAUUAGGUCUUACAGUGGAUUUUCUAUGAUUUUAUUUUUAUUUUUCUUUACCCAGUGCAUAAAUACUUGACAGUAAUAAGCAACCAUUCAAAUCCAGACUCCUAGAAUGGUCUAUCUUGUCCCUUAUGGAAUACUGUUUCAGAAGUGAAGAUGAAUAGUUUGGCUGUGUCAGCAAUGGAGCUCCACACUUCCAUUGAAUUAUCCUGAAGCUUCAGAUCUGAUUCCUGCCCUAUGGCAGGAGAAAAAAAAAUGAGUAGGAAGAGCAUCUCUGAUUUCAUUUCAAAUGAACAUAAGUGUACAACAAGAGCCAGAAGUCUUUGGGAGAGGAGGGAUUUUUAUUUGUAUUUUUUACUACAUUUAGACUAAAUCAGUGGUAAACAGUUUCUGGGAGGGAUGGUACUAGAUUU